AUGGUUGUCUAUAUAAAGGGCAAUAAACAAAUUGUAAAAUAUUCUUGGAGUUAAGUUUGUGAUAUUGGCAGCUCAAGAAUGGACAGGAAGCAUGGAAAAUACAUAGUAAAUGUUGAACACUCUGAAAACCGACUGCCAAUCACAUGUCCAAAAGACCAAGAGGCUCACAGCUCCAUAAUUUGGUGUCCAUCUUCAGAUGACAUAAUCCGUGAUGUCUCCCCCAGCUUAGCUGGGGUCUGCGUGAGCCCAGGAGUUCUUUCAUACCUAAGGUGCCCACACCCAGAAUUAUCUAACACAUAGGUAAAAGGAAAUAGCUGUGAUGACCGCUCUCUCUGGAAAGUCUUCCUGGCUUUUUUCUUAGCCUGUGUGAUAACGACAGCACUUGGAGUACUCAUAAUAUGCCUGGUGAAUAAUAAAGGAAAUGGCAAUUCCUCCAUUGUUAUCCAGCUACCCCCAAGCAACGGACAGUAUGUAGUUGUCCUACGUGAAAACGAAGAGACCUCUGCAACUUCAGAAGUCACUGUGACCACUUCAACUCAACCUGCAACCACAACAGCUACCACAGCCCUCUCAGGUGGAACCACAGCUGCCACCACUUCAACGGAAUCUACAGCUGUUGCAACCCCUACUCAGUCUUCUACAGCCGCAACCACUGAUUCAACUCAACAUGCAGCCUCUACCGCUUCAGCUCAGCUUACAGCCACAGCAGCUGCCUCUCCCACUUCAAGUGCAACCACAGCUGCCACCACUUUAACAGGUGCUACAACUGUUGCAACCUCAAAAACACCAACUGCUGCUACAAUUUAA